AUGUCGUCACACUGGGAACCUCCCCGUAAUUACCGCAACCGCCCUGUUGCCAUUCUUGGCGCAGGUGUGCUUGGCCGCCGAGUCGGAUGUAUCUGGGCUUCAGCCGGCUACGAUGUUAAGAUUCGUGACCCCAGCCCGCAACAGCGAGCAGACGGAGUUGCAUACAUUAAGGAAAAUGUUCAAGCAUACGCCGCCAAAACCAAGCAGAUACCCGGAUCAUACGAAGCCGUCGAAGAUAUGAAGCAAGCUGUUGGAAAUGCCUGGCUGGUCAUUGAAGCUGUUCCCGAGAAGCUCGAGCUCAAGAUCGCCACUUUCGCUGAAUUGGAGGCCCUCACUCCUUCCGACUGCAUCCUGGCUUCCAACUCAUCCUCAUACAAGACUUCCGAGAUGCUCGGUCAGGUCUCGGACGCCACCAAGGAGCGCAUUCUGAACAUGCAUUACUACAUGCCCCCGGGGUGUAUGAUUGUGGAGCUCAUGACCAAUGGACAAACUGCCCCGGCGCUAUUCCCUUUCAUGGUUGAGCGCUCCAACGAAGCUGCCACAAACCCAUAUGUCGCAAGAAAGGAGUCCACUGGAUUUAUCUUCAAUCGCUUGUGGGCUGCUGUGAAGCGUGAGGUCUUGACUAUCUUGGCUGAAGGUGUUUCCGUUCCCGAGGAAAUUGAUUCGAUGUGGAAUGAAAUGUUUAUCAAGGGAAAGAGUCUUCCCUGCCGGACAAUGGACAAUGUUGGCCUAGACACCGUUGCCUUCAUUGAGGGUCAUUAUGUGGAGGAACGUGGACUCUCUCCCGAGAAGACGGUCAACUUCUUGAAGACCAAUUACGUGGACCAGGGCAAACUGGGAACAAAGUGCUCCAAAGGUGGCCUCUAUGCUCCUGCCGAAUCAACUCCUGUCAAGGCCGAAUCAAAGAAGCCCGAACUUCUGGUGUUGGACCUCGGACUGUCAGCCAGCACACCCAGCAUGUCAUCAGGAGAGAUCCUCCGGAUCUCCGCAGACGGCCAGCAACAGAAAUCAAUUCUCAAAGGCCAAGCAUUGCCUGAUGGAAUCGCUGUUGACUCUGGCCGCAUGUUCUGGACCAACAUGGGCGUUCCUGGAAAGUCCGAUGGCGCCGUUUACUCCGCCAACGUGGAUGGAACCGACAUCAAGACACUUGUUGCCCCGGGUACUAUCAAUACACCCAAGCAGCUGGCUCUUGAUUACGAGGCCAAAACUGUCUACUUCUCUGACCGUGAAGGGUGCCGCGUCUACCGUUGUGCCUUCGACGGCUCCAACCUGGAGGUCUUGAUUGACAACAGUGGCUGCGAUCUGACCCCAGUGGAGCGUGUCUCCGAAUGGUGCGUGGGUGUCGCUGUGAGCCCAAGUCAGGGUAAAUUCUACUGGACCCAGAAAGGACCUUCGAAGGGUGGCGAAGGCCGGAUCCUCUGCGCCAAUAUCACAACCCCCCAGGGUCAGUCAGCCAACGCUCGAAGUGACGUCCAGGUCGUUCUGUCUGAUCUUCCCGAGCCAAUUGAUCUUGAGGUGGAAGAGGACUCUCGCACACUUUACUGGACCGAUCGUGGUGAAAUCCCGUGGGGCAACUCGCUGAACAGAGCCAAGUUGGGUGAAGAUGGUCUCCCUCUGCCAACCAGUUCCCCGAGAGGAUAUGAAAUCCUCACCCGGGGUCUGAAUGAGGCAAUCGGUCUGAAGUUGGAUUCCGUCAACUCUCAGGUCUAUCUCACUGACCUGGGCGGAUCUAUCUACCGGUGCGGCCUGGAUGGCAACCACAAGGAGAAGGUUCACUACGAGGAACACCGGGCCUUUACUGGAAUUACUAUCCUGUAA